AUGGAAGGAGGAGGGGAGGAAGGAGAGGAGGAGGAGAGGAAGCAGAGGAGGAGAGGAGGAAGGAGAGGAGGAGGAGAGGAAGCAGAGGAGGAGAGGAGGAAGGAGAGGAGGACGAAAGGAAGCAGAGGAGGAGAGGAGGAAGGAGAGGAGGAGGAGAGGAGGCAGAGCAGGACAAGAGGUUGCUGCAGUAGACCUGAUGUUCAUAAGACAAGAGGGAGAAGAGUCGAGAAAGCAGAGACGUGGGAGAAGACUUUGAUGUGCAUGGGAGUUGAAGCGGCAGCGAUAAUAGCAAGGGGCAACAAACAAGGGCGAAUCACGGAGCCCUCAUGUGCUUCCUGUGGUACGUUCCUCAUUCCUUCCUUGGCCCCUUUUCAUGUUAGAAUCUAG